UUCCGCGCUGUUCUCCUCCUCUGACUUGUCUCUCUGACCCAUGAAUGUCUAUACAAUGAAACCACCUUUAGGAAACAACGAUUUGCCACGAGGGAGGAUGGUGACGUCACGUGGGAGAAAUUAAGACCAAGAAAUGAGCAGCGAGAGAAUGAAUUGGUUAUUUCUUUCCUGAGAUGUUUAUAUGAAGAGAAGCAAAAAGUUCACACCCAUAUUGGGGAGGUAAAGCAGACAACACAGAUUGCAGCAGAGAAUAUUGGAAGUGAAUUACCAUCCAGUGCCACUCGAUUUAAGCUCGACAUGCUGAAAAACAAAGCGAAGAGAUCUUUAGCGGAGUCUUUGGAAAGUAUUUUGUCCCGGGGCAAUAAAGCCAGAGGCCUUCCGGAACAUUCUGCCAGCCUGGAUCUGGACAGCUCCGUGUCUAGCACAUUAAAUAACACCAACAAAGUUUCCUGGGAUCUGUCUGAUCUGCUGUCUGUCUGCCUCCAGGAGCCCUGUGUGUGUGACAAGGAGGCCUCACCCGCGUCUGAGAGCAGAACCAGGCUCCUGGGCUCCUCAGACGACCUGCUGUCCGGUGACACGGAGAGCCCUCCCACGGAAGAGCCUGCCCUGCUCUCCCCCCAGCAGGGCUACCGACGGCGGGCGAACACCCUGAGUCACUUCCCUGUGGAGUGCCAGGAGCCUCCGGAACCCAUCGAGGGCUCCCCGGGGGGCUCGCAGAGGAAACUUAUGAGGUACCACUCAGUGAGCACAGAGACGCCUCAUGAACGAAAUGGGAAUCAUCCACCUGUUGGCGAGUCUCAAAGUUGCUCAGGUCCUUCAGUUCCUGCUCCUCCACCUCGCCUUAACCCCUCCGACUCCUCACCAAAUUUUUUUAAGUCCUUAAAACAUAACACGAGUGGAGAACAAAGUGGGAAUGCCCUGCCUAAGAGCAUCUCCUACCGCAAUGCCCUGCGGAGAAAACUCCACUCUUCCUCCUCUGUGCCAAAUUUCCUAAAAUUUCUGGCUCCUGUAGAUGAAAAUAACACCUCUGACUUUAUGAGCACAAAAAGGGACUUGGACCCCAAGGCCCACCCUCUCGGCGACCCCAGCGGGACGCCUGUGAAGACGCGGAGACACUCGUGGAGGCAGCAGAUAUUCCUCCGCGUGGCGACCCCACAGAAAGCGAGCGACUCGCCCAGCAGAUACGAAGAUUAUUCUGAGCUGGGAGAGCUUCCGCCGCGGUCUCCGUUAGAGCCAGUUUGUGAGGAUGGGCCUUUCGGCCCUGUCCCGGAGGAGAAGAGAAGGACAUCGCGCGAGCUUCGCGAACUGUGGCGCAAGGCGAUUCUACAGCAGAUCCUCCUCCUCAGGAUGGAGAAGGAAAACCAGAAGCUCCAAGCUUCCAAAAACGACCUGCUGAACAAGCGCCUGAAGCUCGAUUAUGAAGAGAUCACGCCCUGCCUUAGAGAAGUGACGACGGUGUGGGAAAAGAUGCUGAGCACGCCGGGAAGAUCCAAAAUUAAGUUUGACAUGGAAAAAAUGCACUCGGCUGUUGGGCAAGGUGUGCCACGUCAUCACCGGGGUGAGAUCUGGAAGUUCCUCGCCGAGCAGUACCACCUGAAACACCAGCUUCCCCGGAAACAGCAGCCCAAGGACACGCCGUACAAAGAGCUCUUGAAGCAGCUCACCUCGCAGCAGCACGCCAUUCUCAUCGACCUUGGUCGAACCUUCCCAACACACCCGUACUUCUCGGCCCAGCUGGGCGCGGGGCAGCUGUCCCUUUACAACAUCCUGAAGGCCUACUCGCUUCUGGACCAGGAAGUGGGAUACUGCCAAGGCCUCAGCUUUGUGGCCGGCAUCCUGCUGCUGCACAUGGGCGAGGAAGAGGCGUUUCACAUGCUCAAGUUCCUGAUGUUUGACCGGGGGCUGCGGAAACAGUACCGACCGGACAUGAUCAUUUUACAGAUCCAGAUGUACCAGCUCUCACGGCUCCUCCACGACUACCACAGAGACCUCUACAACCACCUGGAGGAGCACGAGAUCGGCCCCAGCCUCUACGCCGCGCCCUGGUUUCUCACCGUGUUCGCCUCCCAGUUCCCCCUGGGAUUUGUGGCCAGAGUCUUCGAUAUGAUCUUUCUUCAGGGAUCAGAGGUCAUAUUUAAAGUGGCUUUAAGUCUGUUGGGGAGCCAUAAGCCCUUGAUUCUGCAGCAUGAAAACCUAGAGACCAUAGUCGACUUUAUAAAAAACACACUACCCAACCUGGGCUUGGUGCAAAUGGAAAAGACCAUCAAUCAGGUGUUUGAGAUGGACAUUUCUAAGCAGUUACAAGCGUAUGAAGUGGAGUACCACGUGCUUCAAGAAGAACUUAUCGAUUCCUCUCCUCUCAGCGACAACCAAAGAAUGGACAAAUUGGAGAAAACCAACAGCAGCUUACGCAAACAGAACCUCGACCUCCUGGAACAACUGCAGGUGGCAAAUGGUAGGAUCCAGAGCCUGGAAGCCACCGUGGAGAAGCUCCUGACCAAUGAAAGCAAGCUGAAGCAGGCUGCCCUGGCCUUGGAGCUGGAGAGGUCAGCGCUGCUGCGGACGGUGGAGGAGCUCCAGCAGCGGACCGCAGAGCUGAGGGCACCCCAGCCUGACCUCAUGCAGCCCUAGCCCGCGGGCGACUGACAGCAACUCGCCAGGGCACGGCCCGAGGAGACAUGGGACACCAUCCGACACUGUCCAGGCCUUAACCGAGAGAGACAGAAGAUGCUGGAGGGAGAGAGCGAGGCGCGGAGCAUGCUUCUCAGGGAGGAAACUGGCUCGCCAGCACGCGGAGUCUUCUGAACGGAAACUUGCGGAUCAGGGGGGAUGAGUGUCCCCGUGUUUUUAUUGUUGUUUAGGUUCCAGUGGGUCCUGAUGACUGUAAUCAGUAGAUUUAGACGGCAUGGACAUGAAUAAAUGCACUUUUAUGUUCUUUUUUCAGUA